AACGAGCAAGAGUCUCCGCUUCUCCGUCUCCCCGGUGAACUGAGGAAUGCAAUCUACCGCCACGUUCUGCCCGGAAACAUCGACAUCAAGUACGGCGGCAAAGCGCGAGACAAGGUCGACAUGGUAGCUCUUAGCACCGCGUGCCGCACAUUACAUCAAGAGACUGCUCUCCUGCUCUUCUCACAGAGCACUUUCCGCUUCGAUUCCGUCAUGCAGAUAUACCCCUUCAGUGGCUCUUUGACCGCACGCCAACGGGAGGAGGUCCGCAGCAUUGCUCUA